AAAAUGGUCAGAUUCAUGCUGCUCUGCUCCUGCAUGCCACCAUCCUCUGCACCUUAAAAGUGACUCCAGGGGACCCCUCAACAUCAACACUGUUCAGCCACCAAAGCACGGGAGAGCAGAGGAAUUGAAGGAGAGCAGAGCUUUGUGGGAGCAGCAAUGGCAGGAACCUGGGUGAAGAUGGAGCAGAAGGGUGGCGGCCCUGGAGCACGAAGCUCCCACUCCAUCACUCUGGUGGGGCACACGGCCUACUCAUUCGGCGGCGAGUUCACCCCGCGCGUGCCGGUGGACAACACCAUGUACGCGUUCGACCUCGGCACCCAGACCUGGUCCGCCCUCGACGACGCCACGGGCGACGUGCCCCCGCCGCGCGUCGGGGUGACCAUGGCGGCCGUGGGCGGCACGGUGUACACGUUCGGCGGGCGGGACCUGGAGCACAAGGAGCUGAACGAGCUCUACGCCUUCGACACGGCGACGCGGGCGUGGACGCUCCUGUCCUCCUCCGGCGGCGGGCCGCCGCACCGGAGCUACCACUCCAUGGUGGCGGACGCGGAGGGAGGGCGGGUGUACGUGUUCGGCGGGUGCGGCGACGCCGGGCGCCUGAACGACCUGUGGGCGUACGACGUGGCGAGUGGGAGGUGGGAGGAGCUGCCGUCGCCGGGGGAGGCGUGCCGCCCGCGCGGCGGGCCGGGGCUGGCAGUCGCCGGCGGGAAGGUGUGGGUGGUGUACGGGUUCUCCGGCGAGGAGAUGGACGACGUGCACUGCUACGACCCGGCGACACGGGCGUGGGCUGUGGUGGAGACCACGGGCGACAGGCCGAGCCCACGGAGCGUGUUCUGCGGCGCCGGGAUCGGGCGGCACGUCGUGGUGUUUGGCGGCGAGGUGGAUCCCAGCGACCUCGGACACCUCGGCGCCGGCAAGUUCUCGGCCGAGGCGUUCGCGCUCGACACGGAGACCCGCGCGUGGACGCGGCUGGUGGACGACGACGACAAGGCGGAGGCGGAGGCGGAGCAGCAGCAGCACCCCGGGCCACGCGGGUGGUGCGCGUUCGCGGCGGGGGAGAAGGAUGGCCGGCAAGGGCUGCUGGUGUAUGGCGGCAACUCGCCGACCAACGACCGGCUCGACGACAUCUACUUCUUCGCGCCCGUUCUUGAAGCUGCGGCCGCAAGCUAGCGCGCGCGUCUGGCAAACUGGCAGUGGUGAAAUGUGUAGCAGUGCAAUCUGCAGGGCUUGUAUGUAUGUAUGUAUGUAUGUUGUGGUGAAUUGUGAGUUUGUGACGCAUCAUCUUUGCGGACGUCUAGUUUUCUUGCUGUUUUCCUUUGGUCGGUUUGUGGGUUUUAUGUUGCGUGAUUGUAUUGAAACGGGCGACUGACAGUAACGUUAUAGACGUAGAGUGUACACACGCAUUGAAAGGGGAGGCGAGUGCAUGUACGUAUAUACGUAUUGUGAAACCCAAUGAAAAUAAAUUAAUAAAAUGUUCUGAAAUGUCACUUUGUAA